CGCUAGAUUGAACUUCUUGCGUGUUCUUGCGCGGUUUAUCUUUUCUCCUUUUUUCUUCAAUGUGAAAAGAAAAAGAGGAAAGCUGAACUGCGCAAAAAAGUUUUUAGCGUUCAAGUCCAUGGCCUAUGGAUGUGGAAAAGGAACAAACCCAAUCAUUAAUCAUAACAAACUACAUUGAGCGAUAUGAACUGCAUGUGGAUUUAAAAUACCGAGUCGCCGUCGUCCGGCAAUCAUGAAUUCGAAGAAGACUAUAACCUUUGGCAAGAUCAGUGCCAAUUUAGAUAAACCGGAAUCAGAGGCACCGGUCGAGACUUUCAGCUCUGGGGGAUUCGGUACUUUCGGUAAAAAACGCGAGGAGAACAAUGUGAAGAAGAUGGACGAGAUCAAGCCGGAGGACGAGGAGGAGACCCAGAAUAUGCAGAAGAUGAUGGGUAUCACGGGCUUUGGUAAAAAGGCCAAGUCCUUCGACGUGCAGGAGAUGAUGGAGAACAUCACCAGAACCAUCAACAGCAAUAAGGCAAGCACGAUCGAGAAAGAGAAACCCAGCGAGAUCGCGGAAUCUAAAAAGGACGAGAUGAGCGACGACGAUGACGACGACGACGAUAUCAUUGGUCCACCUAUACCAUCUCUGAUACCCGUCACUUCGGAUGCGACUAAGGAUUCGAAUGCAGAAAAGAAAGAUGAGGAGAAAAAUGAAAGCGAAGAUGACGAUGACGAAGAAUUGUCUGAAGAGGAAGAAGAGGUAACAUUAAGAGACAAGAUUCCCUGUUCUCACGAAGUCUCAAUGACUCACGGCACAAAAGCUGUGAUCGCCAUCGCCGCGGAUCCAUCCGGAGCUCGACUAGCCUCUGGUUCCAUUGACUACGACGUCUGCUUCUGGGAUUUCGCCGGCAUGGACACAUCUAUGAAGAGUUUCAGAACAUUGCAGCCUUGCGAGAAUCAUCCUAUUAAGUGCUUGCAGUAUUCCAUGACCGGGGACGUGAUACUGGUGGUCUCGGGCGCGGCGCAGGCUAAAGUCCUGGAUCGGGAUGGCUUUGAGAAAUGUGAGACCGUCAAGGGCGAUCAGUACAUCACGGAUAUGGCGCGCACAAAGGGUCACACCGCCAGUCUGAACAGCGGCUGUUGGCAUCCGUUCACCAAGGAGGAGUAUCUGACCUGCUCUCAGGACAGCACCUGCCGAAUAUGGAAUUUGUACAGGCCGCGCGGACACAAGAGCCUGAUAAAAUGCCGUGCGCAAAACGGCGUGAAGACCAUCCCCACCACGUGCGCUUACAGUCGGGAAGGCGCAGCCGUUGCGUGCGGCUGUAUAGACGGCUCGAUUCAGAUGUGGGACCACAGGAAGAAUUUCGUGAAUCCGUCCCUCGUGCUGCGCGGCGCGCACGCAUCGUCCAGCGAGGUAUCGAGCCUGAGUUUCUCGUACCUCGGGCAGCUGUUGGCAAGCCGGGCCUGCGAUGACACUCUGAAAUUAUGGGACUUACGGGCAUUCAAGGCGCCGAUCUUCGAAGCCAAGGGAUUGUUCUCGCGUUACGACACCACGGAUUGCAUGUUCAGCCCUGAUGACUCGAUGAUCAUCACCGGGGAAUCCUUGAACAAGGGAAAGACGACCGGUAGGGUGCUACUCUACGACAGCAAGACGUUUGACCUGAUCAGAGAGAUCCCUGUGACAAACUCUCAUGUGAUAAAGACUCUGUGGCACCCAAAGUUGAAUCAGGUGUUCGUCGGCUGUGGCAACGGCAUCGUCAAGGUGUACUACGAUCCCAAAAAGAGCAUGAGAGGCGCCAAACUGUGCGUUGUCAAGACGCACAUGAAGCAGAAGCACAUCGAAAUAAUGUCCACCCAGCAGAUCAUAACGCCCCAUGCGCUUCCCCUGUUCCGUCAGGACAGGCCCAAGUCGGUUCGCAAGCAGAUGGAGAAGGACAGGCUCGAUCCGGUAAAAUCGAGGCGUCCAGAUCUGCCCAUUACCUCCGGUCAGGGCGGUAGAGUGGCAUCCUCUGGAGGAACGCUCAGCUCCUAUGUCAUACGCAAUCUCGGGUUGAGCAAACGGAUAGAGGAUGAUCAGGAUCCAAGAGAGGCCAUUCUGAAAUACGCCAAGAUAGCCGAGGAGGAACCGUACUGGAUCGCACCUGCAUACAAGAAGACGCAGCCGAAAACGAUUUUUCAAAACGACGAUCAAGAUAGCGGACCGAGUAAUAAGAAACAAAAAACUUAGAUUUAUAUGCGCCUUGUGUAUAUACAGAUUAUAUAUAAUACGUAUCGUGUAAUUAUAUGUAUCCAUGUAAAUAUAAUCGUGAUAUUUCUGCUCGUAGGAUGCACAAAGAGAAAAUGAAAACACUUUUAUUAUCGUGUCUUUUGAUUAAUUGGAGAGAAAUGUAACUUUAUCGGAAGCAUUACAUUGCAGCAUAUUGAAUAUUCUAUACUGGAAUGAUGCAUAUAAAAGGGGAUUUAUUCCUAUUGUCAAUUUGA